AUGUUCUUGUUCGCGGACCAGCUGGAGUACGAUGAGCCAAUGCAGGAGAAGGUGCAGCGGAUGGCUCAGUUCCUGCUCCUCUUCUAUGUCGUCGCGUGGCUGCGGGCCCCUGUUGCAGAGGACGCCCCCGCUAACGACCUCAACCUGUACCGUAGCCUGCUCGGUUUGUUUUGGUGGUGCGGCCGGGCGGCGCCGAGCGGCCGGCCGGAGCAGCGCGCCGGCGCCGGCGGCCGCGGCCGCCUCUGCAGCGGGCAUUGUCCUCUGACCUGGGCCGGCCUGUGCUGCAACUCGGCGGUCGCUCUAACCAGCACGCUGGAGUUCGACACUCCGAGUCGCCGGCUGGCGUGGGCCUCGGCUCCGGCCCCCGGCGACCACCCGACGUCCGGCUCCUUGCCGCUCACCGGCUCACUGAUAAACCGAGCGAUGGGUGUGGGCAUGGCGCAGAGCGGCGCGUUCAGUUCGCGACAGGGGGACGGCGGCCUGGAGAAGGGUGACGAGCCCUUCACGUCCGACGACCCGCAGAGCUACACGGUCGGCGUGCCGAUCCCGGGCCGGCCGCAGUGGCCCUACUGCCGGCCCGAGUUCACCGAGCGGCGCGCCGAUCGGCCGGCCGUGGAGCUCGGCUCGUCGGCCGGCGCCGCCUCCUCCUACCAGCCGUCCCACGGCGAGUUCGCCUCCAGCCCCAGCCCGGGCAGCUGGCACGUGGGCAGCCACGAGCCAGAGCUGGCGCGCAACCUGCAGCACUUCCAGAUCGACGACGACAUUUUCGAGGGCGUCGAGGUGAGCGAGCUGCUGCCCGGGCCGACGCUGACCGAGCUCAACGCCGGCGACGACCUACACGAGCUGGAGCUGGAGCCGAUGGGGGGUCAGUCGACGGCGCCGCCGCCGCCCGCCGUCAAGACGGAGGCGCCCGACUGGUCGUUCAAGUGCGACUGGUCGCCGGCCGGCGGCUGCGAGUGGUCGGCGGGCGGCGCGGCGUCGCCGGCCAGCAGGUUCGACCCGCUGCUGCCGAGCUACCCGGGCGGCCGGCGCGGCACGCUGCAGGCCCUGCUGACGGCCGGCGGCGGCUCGGCGCCCAUCGCCGGCGGUCCCGGCGGCCUCUCGAGCCGCCUCAGCAGCUCGGUGCCCUGCGGCGACGUGCCGGUGCCGACGCCGACCGGGUUCGGCCGACGCGAGGAGAUUCGCGGAUCGGGGUCGUCUCUAUCAGGUGGCAUUCUCAGUCCUGGCUCGUACGGGUCGUACGGAGAUGACGGCGCCGACUCUCACGACGAUCACGACUCGGACAGCGAUAGUGACGCAGGCUCCAACAUCGGUGAUGACGAGAGUCUGGGCUCGUCGCUGAGCCGCCGGGACCGCUACUUCUGGCAGUACAACGUGCAGGCCAAGGGGCCCAAGGGCGCCCGGCUACAGCUGUCACCCGACAUGGCCGACCCGUACCACGUGCGGCAGGCGGUCGACCCCGUCUUCUCCAGCAACUUCCACAUCGAGGGCAUCAAGCACAGUGGUAAGGCGAGGCGGGGAGACGGUAACGACCUGACGCCCAGUCCGCGCAAACUGCUGCUGAUUCGCGGGGACCUGGAGAAGCUGAACCGCCUCAUCACCGACAUGACGCCCAUCUCGGAGCUGCCCUUCAGCGCGCGGCCCACCUCCCGCAAGGAGAAAAACAAACUGGCCUCCAGAGUUUGUCGACUGAAGAAGAAGGCGCAGCACGAAGCCAACAAAAUUCAACUAUCCGGCCUCAAUGAAGAGCAUAGGCGUCUAAGUAACGCUCUGAGGGAGGUCGGCCACCUCCUUCGAGCCAGAGUUCUGCCAGGGGUGUCCCAAGUUCGACCCGAGGACGCCAGCCACAUGAUUGACAAAGUCUGCAGACAAGCAUCCAAGGUCAGCGUGGCCGGAGACCUGCAGGAGUACGUGAAACACGUGCUGAUCAGCUACGAGACAGGCCGCUCCAUCAGUACCGACUCGUUCCCCCCGCACGGCGAGCCCGGCUAAGGACGUCCAGUUGGGCGGGCGCCGAGUCACGGCUCGGAGUCCGCGACUCGCGACUCGGGCGCGCUGUCUGUCACGGCCGGAGGCACGACGGUGGCGGGUCGGGGGCGCGGCGGCUCCCCAAUCGUUUACCCACAGUGUGCUUACCUGUGAUGUGUCGCGGGCGAGGGUCCGCGCGGCGGCGGCAGUCGCGCUGCCGGCGAUGGUCAUUAGCGUAACGCUGUCGUCAAUUGUACUGUUGUAAACUGUCUGUGAACGUCGUACUACGGACUUCUUGUUGCAGCCAAUAUCAUGUGCUUUGUGUUUCCAUCUUAGAUCAUCACGUAUCCCAUUUGCGUUUUUAGUUCGUUGUGCGGUGGGUGUUUGUUUUUAGAGGUGAGAGUACGUACCGCAGCCACGCGGAAGAAAGGAGACUUGUUGUUUCCGUUUUAGCCCGGCACCUGCGUCUCCAAUGUGUUCAUGUCGGAGUUUCCCGUUCAUUCAGUGGCUCUUCCCCGCCCGACGUCGCUUGCUGGUGUCUAUUUAAGACUGUGUUGUUACUUGUGAUGUCUGCUCGCUGUCAGAUAGCCGUGGUCCCCCUCCCUCGUUUUAUCGGUGCCGGUGCCCUCGCGUGUGGCAAGCUGCCAACUGUGAUCGCAGACGGGCUGAAGGUUGUUUACCCUGGCGACCGUUUACUGUACUAAGAGUUCUGUCGCCGCCACUAGAUGUAGCGAUGAUUAUCUCAGCGGAUUUGGACAGCCAUUCUGUUCGGUAGGUUUCUUUGUAUUUCAGUUUUCAUUUAGCUCGUCGUGAGCGAUGUACUUGAGCAUUGAACUUAAAAAAUAGUGAAGAUGCAUGCGACUUUAAGCGAGUACAUUCGAUAUGUUCGGAUAUAUUCUUACGUUAGUCGUUAAGCUAUGUCUGGUCCGCGGCGCCGUAAGCAGCUUGAGAGCGACGAGUAAUGAGGCGAUACGCUGUUGCACUGUGAUGGGGAAUAUCUGUGCGGGUGCGCGCCGGAGCGCUGCUGACCCGCCGCGCUCUCCGCUGACCCCGGAGGUGGCGCGCGUCUCUGCGGGGCCGGGCUGUGAAGCCAGGCUGGCCACGGCGGGUGACCGCUGUCUCGGCCCGCGGUGCGCGCUGCGCGGGACGGGCUGCGGAGCGGGAGAUCGGGCCUACACUGCGCCGAGUGGGGAGCGAUCUGACCUGGGCCGGACCGCCCUGGCUGUUACCGGAGCAGUCCGGCUGUGUCCGGAACGUUCCGACUGUGUCCGGGGCAAGCCGGAUUUGCCCGGAGAGAUCCGGCUAUGCCAGAGGCGCUGGUCAUGGUCGUGUUUCCCCAGGACCACAGUUACAUCAGGGCCAUGUUAAUAACGUUGGACUGUGGAGCGUCUCUGGUCGAGGCGGACUUGUGUGAUGCAGAUGUGAACCCAUUCAACGAAAGCAUGUUUCAUAAUUGAGCGAUUUUUAUGCAUGCAACUCAUAACAGCAAGGAAGUACCUGAUUCACGAAUCUGUCGGACCAACUCCGAUACAUUUUGUGAAUGUCUACUUCUUGAUCAUUGUUUUUGUUGCAUGUGUUUUAAACUCAGCAGUUAUGGAAUAAGUAUUGUUGUCUGUUCGUUCACGUCUGCCACUAUCUCGUCGUCGUCGUGGAGACGGUCAGCGGUCAUCCUUCGGACCAGUGGUCAUCACGACCGUGACCGGCGCGGUCAGCGGCCACUGGUCAGCCCAGGACGGUCGGCGUAUGCCACGGGUACGGUCAGUGGUCACUGGUCAGCCCAGCACGGUCAGCGGCCACUUGUCAGCCCAGGACGGACGGCGGCCACUUGUCAGCCCAGGAUGGACGCCACGGGUAUGGUCAGCGGCAGAGGCCGGUUGUGAAGUGCAUUGCGAACGCCGUGUGUGCUGUUGUAUACGGACGUGUUACGGUUGUUGCCACAGAGCGGCCAGGUGGACGCACGCCGCACAUAUAUCUAUAUUCUGUAUACACGAUUGGAACAAA